AUGAAGGAUAAUUACCAACUGUCUUCAGCGUCGUCUUCGCGCAUUCAAGAUCAUACUGAAAUGUUAAAAGAAAAUGAUACAAUUGAUUUAGAAAAUGAAGGAUCUACUGUUGUCUCCGACAGUGAUAAGAUUGUUACCAUUGGAGAUCAUUUCCUGAUUAAAUGGGGCACGUCAAAGUAUCCCGGAGAAGUUCUAUCUGUUUUUGAAGAUGGUUUGAUGGUUAGGUGCAUGAAGCAAGGUGUGAAGUUUUGGAGAUGGCCUUAUAUUAAAGAUGAGCAAUUAUAUAAAUGGGAAGAUGUGAUACAGAAAAUAAAGCCGCCAAAGCGGGCAGAAGCAGGGCCGCUCGUAAAUUCGGACGGUACGGGACGUGGGGGGUGUGCAAACAGGGAAAUCCCCGUACAUAAUAUCCUGUCGAGGAUAAUAUUUGCCGACGUACGGACGGACGGACAGGAUGCGGCGGGAAUCCUGCGAGGCAAUAAUAACAAAAGAACGGCAGAGGCGGUGGCGGUGGCGUGUUCAUCAUUCUCGCUAAUUUGGAUGCAGCGCUGA